AAUUUUCGCAUCCUUUUCAACUAAAGUGUUUUUUAUCAUCUUAAUCAUAGAAGUGAUACCGACGACUGGUAGCGAACUCGAGCCUCUUGAAUUCUUUUUUUGCUCUGAGUUGGCUUUUUAAUUUAGCAGAACGUCAUCGUCUGCUUUUAUUCCUGUUCUUUUUUUCCUUUUAUUUUUCUUCCAUUGAACAUAUUCCGAUGCACUACAGCCGGUGACGCGACUCCCUUGCCCCUUUCUCCAAAAUAGUGUGGAAAAGGUCGUCGCCAACUUUUUGCCUACCAUCGACCUCCCUGUGUCGAGUCGCGCACUUGACCAAAUCAAUAAUUAUCUGAUUUCCGAUUUGUCACGAUCCGAUUCCCUCAACCUGCGUCGUCUUAUUCGUUGCUUAUCGGUAUCCUUAAUCGUCAACACGCUCGUUACUUGUUAAUCGCAACAACAAAUCGCACAUUGCCUAUCAUGAGGCUCCUCGCCUCGCUCGCGCUAUUCCUCAGCGCUGCUGCCCUCGGCACUGCGCAAGCAAUUGGUGCGGAGACAAGUGAUAGUCCAGACCGGGAAAACACAUACUUUAAUGGCAAGAGAGUACCCCCGUUACUCGAGUUAACCGCCGACAACUUCGAUAAGGAGGUUAAGCUAUCGAAAUUCCUUGUUGUCAAAUAUUAUAGUCCAUACUGCCCUCAUUGUAUAGAUUUUGCCCCAACUUACCAGACCUUGUACGAAUACUACUACACCUCCAAAGCCCCCAGCGACUCCGAAUCAGCGGCCUCUACGGCUUCCUUCGAGAAGUACUACGAUAUCCGAUUUGCUGAGCUUAACUGCGUUGCUUAUGGCGAUUUGUGCACGAAGCAUGACAUUCAGUCGUACCCCCAGACUAUAAUCUACAAGGAUGGCGAGAAAGCCGAUUUCGUCAAGGGUGGAAAGGGAAUGUCAGCUAUUUCGGGAAUGAUCGAAGGUGUGCUGGAGAAGGAAAAGCCUGGUACUCGGCCCAAGGAACUUGCCCUUCCCGAACCUGGUGCGACUACCUUCCCGGCUACGUCAUCUGAGACUGAACAAGGCGCCGAGAAGCCUGUGAAAGGUGAAAAGGAGGAUGCCACGGCUAUCACUAAGACCACGCCACAAAAAGUGGACAGCACGAAACCAUCUAAGCCCACCAAGACUCCUAACGAGCAAGGAAUUUCUGUCUCACUCACUGCUGAAAGCUUCCAGACUUUGGUUACAAUGACCCAAGAACCAUGGUUCAUCAAAUUCUACGCUCCUUGGUGCCACCAUUGCCAAGCCAUGGCUUCUAACUGGCAGCAAUUAGCUAAAGAGAUGAAGGGAAAGCUCAACGUUGGUGAAGUCAAUUGCGAUGCGGAGUCUAGACUAUGCAAAGAUGUCCACCUACGUGGAUUUCCUACGAUUCUUUUCUUCCGAGGAGGCGAGCGCGUUGAGUAUAACGGCUUACGCGGGCUCGGCGACUUCAUCCAGUAUGCCGAUAAAGCUUUGGAUAUUUGCAGCGGCGUCCAGGACGUUGAUGCCACUUCUUUCGCUGCUCUCGAGGAGAAGGAAGAUGUCAUUUUCGUCUACUUCUAUGAUCAUGCUACCACGACCGAGGAUUUUAUGGCUCUUGAGAGGCUACCUCUUAGUCUCAUCGGACACGCCAAACUCGUGAAAACGAAGGACCCCGAGCUCUACAACAGGUUCAAGAUCACGACGUGGCCUAGGCUACUGGUAUCGCGGGAAGGAAGACCCACGUACUACAAUCCUUUGACGCCAAGGGAGAUGCGUGACACUCAUCUAGUCCUUACCUGGAUGAAGUCUGUGUGGUUACCUAUCGUCCCGGAGCUUACUGCCUCAAACGCGCGUGAAAUCAUGGACGGAAAGAUUGUUGUCUUAGGAAUCUUGAACAGGGAAGACCAGGAGACAUUCUUGAGCGCCAAACGUGAAAUGAAGCGUGCUGCGAACGAGUGGAUGGAUAAGCAGAUACAGCUUUUCCAGCUCGAACGACAGAACCUUCGAGACGCUAAGCAACUCCGUCUCGAGGAAGCCGAGGAUCGCAAUGACCAACGGGCUUUGCGGGCCGCGAAAAGCAUCCGGAUUAGCAUGGACAUGUCUGACCGUAAGGAGGUUACGUUUGCCUGGGUCGACGGUGUCUUCUGGCAAAGGUGGAUUCGCACUACUUACGGUAUCGACAUCAAGGAUGGUGAACGUGUUAUAAUCAACGACGAAGAUAACCGACGUUACUGGGACAUGACUAUCACUGGCAGCCCUAUUGUUCCUUCUCGAGUAUCGAUCCUAGAGACCAUCUCGAAGGUCACUGCAUCACCUCCCCUAAUUAAACCUAAGCUCACGAUCUCGAGUUUCGAGAAGAUCUUCUUCGACAUAAGAGUCACGUUCUCCGAACACCCGUACCUCUCUUUCGGCUGCAUAGCAGGCAUCGGUCUAGGCUGCGCGUCAUGGUUCCGGGGCCGGCUGCGGAGGAAUCGUGGACAUUUUCGUCUCGAAGAUAAUCUCCCUAUCAAGGAAAUAAAGGAGGGUCUCCUUGGCAACACCGCCAACGGGAAGAAGGAUUAAGUGAACAAUUUCCUAGAGGAAGAACAAAGACUUGGAGCAUCGGCAUUGGGAAGUGAUGGGUUACUGGAGUUAUAUCAUCCAGCGGGAGUUCUGUAUAAUAUUCGCUUGUGUCCUUGCGCUUGCACAUGCCACCCAUACAACUGUCCAUUGUCGUUUUUUAAAAUCGGUGUCUUGGCUAAGGAUACGUUUAUACCAGCUCAGAAAGCUACGGCGCGGCACGAAAGUUUGGGACUACGGGAACGAAAUAUAGGAGAGGGAAUGAGGACCGUCGGUAGAAAAAAAGAGUGGUUAUACCAAACCAACCUCUUCUGUUUUAUCACGAAAGCAGAGACAAACGCAUCAACAUAAUAAUAUUCCCUUGCUACUUUAUAUCUCUGCUGCCAUGCUGAUUCAUAUAUCGUUGUCUUAUGUGCCUACCAUAGAAUAUGUGGGUUUAGGGAAAGGGGGUUCACCUAUAAAUCAGCGUCAUAGUGUAAAAUUGCCCAGGCUGAUAUUUUAUAUGCCUACGCAUGCUAUCUAUCAACG